AUGGAUGAUUCCCAUAAGUAGAAUGAUGACCUCUGUCAGAUUUUUUAUUAAAUUAAAGGUGUGGAUGAAAGAAUAUACAGUUUGAUAAUUUAGAUGCUAGGAAAACAUAAUUCUUUUGACUGGAUGGAAUUUCUUUCAGAAGAAGAAAAUCUAAGACAUCUAGAAGAGUAAAUUUCUAAAAGAGAGGAUUAACUACAAGGAGAAAAAGAAUAGAGGAUGGAUACUUUGAGAAAUAUCAUCAAACUAAUUCUUUAUGUCAUUAUAAAAAUUUAAGAUCAUAUCUUUAAUAAAUAAGACUAUUCUGAUGAAGGAUAUUCGGAAUAGAGACAGGAUCUAAUAAAAAGAAUAAGAGAUUAAAAGGAGAUCAUCAGAUUUCUGAAAUUCUUAGUUCAUCUCACAGCCUAUGAUGACAAUUUCAUACCAUGUGGAUCAAACUCAUUACAUUUAUUAGUUACUAUGAAAGUUGACCUUAGAUAUUAGAAUUUNCCACUAUUUAUUCCCUUUGUUGUUUAAGAUAUUAAAAUAUAUCACAUAUUAAUUGAUGGAGUUAUUUAAGGCAAAACUUCUAUCACAUAAUCUGUAAAAGCAACCCUUCACUUUUCCUUUUGUUUUUUGUGGCGGGAGAUGAAUAAGGUUAUUCAAAUUUUAACCUAAAAUAGAUGACACCCUAUAUGUGA